AUGUGGAAUUCCUCAUCACCAUAUGAAUUUUUGCUCUUGGCAAUUUCAGAGGUCUAUGAACUGCAAAUCUUACUCUUCGUUGUGUUCCUGAUGCUGUACUUGGCCACUAUAAGUGGAAAUCUUUUCAUCAUCUCUGCAGUAGUCCUUGACCAUCAUCUGCAUACCCCCAUGCACUUCUUUUUGAUGAACUUGGCUAUGCAAGAUAUUGGCCAAAGCUCAGUCAUUAUCCCUAAAACUAUGGCUAAUUUUCUCAUGAAUACCAGAGACAUUUCUUACUCUGGUUGUGUUGCACAGGUCCUCCUGUUUCUCUUCUUCUUAGCAUCUGAUAUCUCCCUUCUCACAGUCAUGGCAUAUGAUCGGUAUGUUGCUAUCUGCAGGCCUUUGCAUUAUGAUUCUGUGAUGAACAGGAGAGCUUGUCUCAGAAUGGUUGGCUUUGCAUGGAUUUGUGGUCUUCUCUAUGGAGUGCUCCACACCAGUGCCACCUUUGCAAAUCCCUUUUGUUCUAACAUAGUCAGUCAGUUCUUCUGUGAAAUCCCACAGUUACUUAAGCUUGUCUGUUCUGAUCUAUACCUAAUUGAAAUUGGAGCCGUUGUGUUAAGUAUUAGUGUUGUGCUUGGAUGUUUUAUUUUUAUUAUUAUAUCAUAUGUGCACAUCUUCAUUGUGGUUUUGAGAAUCCCUUCUGUGGAAGGGAAGCAAAAAGCCUUCUCAACUUGUAUUCCCCACCUCACUGUCUUCUCCACAUUAGUACUCACUGGGUGCUUCGCCUAUCUCAAACCCACCUCUUCUAACACCCCAUCACAUCUGGAUAUUAUAUUUACUGUGAUCUAUUCUAUUUUUCCACCCAUGUUGAAUCCAAUAAUCUACAGCAUGCGGAACAAGGAUAUAAAGGAUGCCUUAUCAAAACUAUUAGGCUUGAGGUAA